GAUGAAAACUAGCUUGUAGCUUGGUGUUUCCUUAAAAUCGCGAUUCGCUGACUAAACACACAUUUCGUAUUUCCAUCAAUAUGUGACUGUGUAAUCUCAGAAAAUACCCGUUUUGCUUGGCACGGCUCUAACGACCACGGGACGGGGGAGUUCGAGGAUGAAGGGACGUGUUGCGCAUGCGCCGUGAUCAACAUCAACAUCACGGAGAGAAAGGUGAUGGCGGAUGAUGGAAGGGAAGAGUCGCUGGGGACUGACGAUGAUUCAGACCAAACGGGAGCGGAUGGCAGCUUGAACAACACUAUGGUGGAAGAGGGCUCGACCCUCAUGCGCAGGAUGGAGAUCUGCAUAGCUGAGGCCGAGAAGAGGAGCGGCAAAAAUGCAGUGAGCAUGCAGGAGACGUUCACUGUGUACCUGAUCGAAACAAGGCCAAUGGAUGCAGUCGCUGAAGGCCAUAACCCAGCCCCCGACUGCCUGUGGAGGAGGUACAGUGAGUUUGAACUGCUGCGGAACUACCUGAUAGUUACCUAUCCGUACAUUGUGGUACCUCCUCUGCCUGAGAAGAGGGCAGAGUUUGUGUGGCACAAGCUGUCUGCAGACAACAUGGACCCUGACUUUGUGGAGCGACGCAGGGUUGGACUCGAGAACUUUCUUCUUCGUGUGGCUUCUCAUCCAGUCCUCUGCAAUGACAAGAUCCUCUGCUACUUCCUCACUGAGAGGGUUGCUGACCGACUGUACGGUGUUUUUAAAGUUCAUGGAAACUAUGGACGAGUCUUCAGUGAGUGGAGUGCCAUUGAAAAAGAGAUGGGAGAUGGACUGCAAAGUGCGGGUCAUCAUAUGGAUGCAUAUGCUGCUUCAAUAGAUGACAUCCUAGAAGAGGAGGAACACUAUGCAGACCAGCUGAAAGAAUAUCUUUUCUAUGCCGAAGCUCUGAGGGCAGUGUGCAGGAAACAUGAGCUGACCCAGUUUGAGCUGGAGAUGGCCUCGCAGGAUCUCAUCUCGAAGAAGCAGCAGCGUGAAGAGCUGGCUACAGGGAUCGUGCGGACAUUCUCCUUCAAAGGCAUGACCAACAAGCUUUUUGGACAAGAAGCACCUGAGCAGAGGGAGGCCAGGCUGAAGCUGCUGGAGGAUCUGAUAGCAGAGGGUGAAGAGACUGUCAAGGAGAAAACGAUUGAGCGCGCAGAGCACGUGGAAAAGGCCUGGGUGGAUAUCCAGCGCUUCAAGGAGCAGAAAGACAAAGACCUACGGGAAGCUCUCAUCAACUACGCUGUCAUGCAGAUCAGCAUGUGCAAGAAGGGAAUCCAGGUUUGGAGCAAUGCCAAGGAAUGUUUCCUCAAGAUGUGAGGCUGAGGAAAUAUCCCGAAGAUCUUCUCCCUCUAGGAUGAUUCUGGGAAAAUGACGCCAGGAGGCGGUGGAUCAUUCAAAGACCUGAACACUGGACUGUAAUAUUCCCAGACUUAACUGAGACGUUUUUUCUAACUUUAAACUGGUGCUUUGCUUCUUUCAGUUUUUAAAGCUGGAUAACUGCUGAUGGGAUGAGUGAGUAUGCUUUGGGGCAGAUAAAGUCAUGGUUGGCAAAGAAAUGUAAGAAUACGUGGUGUUUAGAUCCACACAUAAACCUUGGUGGAAUCUCAGGCACCUUUGUUUUAUCCACUUUAUGAGUUCAUAAUUCUGCAUUGGACCAUCCCAUAGGUUUGAUUUAUGUUGAAACCUGUCAA